UUUAUGUGUGGGAGGGGUGUGUGGCGGUCAUAAGACUACUUGCUGGAGUUGGUUCUGGCUUUCCACCCUUUUGAGUCCCGCAAAUGGAACUGGGAUUGUCGGGUUUGGCGGCAAUCGCUCUUACCCGCGAUCAUCUUACUGGCCUUUUAUAAAAAACCUUUAAGAUAGGGUAAUGCUCUAGAAUUCAGGAGACAGCGGAGGAUAACCUUGAGCUCCCGGAUCCUGCAGCCUCCACUUCCCAAGGAGCAGGGUAACUGGAGUGUACCUCUGGCCCGCGCAUGCGCAGCUCCGGCUAGCUGUCCCCGUUUGGCGCCGCGGGCAGUGAAGAACCUGUGAGAAAUCUCCCGGCGGCGCGGACUAGGCGCGCCACUUCCGGUCGGGGCUCCUAACAACGGGGGAGGCCGGUAACCAGGGUGGGGGGGAUGGCGGAGCGGGCUCCAGAGCCCGGGGCGGAGGCGGAGGCGGGCGCAGGCGGGGAGGCGGCGGCAGAAGAGGGCGCGGCGGGCCGAAAGGCGCGGGGCCGGCCGCGGCUCACAGAGUCGGACCGGGCCCGGAGGCGGCUCGAGUCCCGGAAGAAGUACGACGUGCGGCGCGUGUACCUGGGCGAGGCGCACGGCCCCUGGGUGGACCUGAGACGGCGCAGCGGCUGGAGCGACGCCAAACUCGCUGCCUACCUCAUUUCGCUGGAGCGCGGCCAGCGUAGCGGCCGCCACGGGAAGCCUUGGGAGCAAGUCCCCAAAAAGCCAAAGCGGAAGAAAAGGCGGAGGCGCAACGUGAACUGCCUGAAGAACGUGGUGAUCUGGUAUGAGGACCACAGACACCGGUGCCCGUAUGAGCCCCACCUGGCUGAGCUCGACCCUACCUUCGGCCUCUACACGACGGCCGUGUGGCAGUGUGAAGCUGGCCACCGCUACUUCCAGGACCUGCACUCUCCGCUCAAGCCCCUCAGCGACUCAGAGCCCGACAGUGACAAAGUGGGCAAUGGCCUGGUGGCUGGCAGCUCUGACUCCUCCAGCUCUAGCUCCAGCUCUGACUCGGAUGAGCCGCCUGAGGCCCAACCGGCCAAAGCCUCAGCUGCUGCUGCAGUCACCCCUGCCAGCCCCCCCGGCAGCAGUGGGCUGAUCACUCAGGAAGGAGUCCAUCCCUUUGAUGUCCACCACGUGGAGAGCCUGGCUGAGCAGGGCACCCCUCUGGGCCAGAACCCCGCGAGCAGUGGGCCUGAGGCCCUGGAGACGGUGGUGUGUGUGCCUGUGCCCAUGCAAAUGGGCACCGGCCCUGGCACCCUCUUUGAGAACAUGCCCCAGGAGGCACUGGGUGAGGUGGUGGCCAGCUGCCCAGUGUCAGGCAUGGUACCUGGCUCCCAGGUGAUCAUCAUUGCUGGUCCUGGCUAUGACACCCUCACAGCCGAGGGCAUCCAUCUCAACGUGACUGCUGGCAGUGGCACUCCCAGCAGUGGCCUGGGUGAGGAGGUACCCUGUGCCAUGAUGGAAGGUGUGGCAGCCUAUACACAGACGGAACCCGAGGGUACCCAGCACAGCACCAUGGACACGACCUCCAUAGCCAGCAUUGAGACCAAAAAAGACACCGCCCCGUGUCCCCCCGUAGAGAAGGAGGACCUGUAUACGCUCAAGGAGGAGAAAGAGGAUUCAGUAGCCCCAGAGCUGGUAGAGCUGGCAGCCACCAUGCCCGAGAAUGCAGAGGCAGAAGCAGAUGUGGAUGGAGAAGAACUGGAUGGCAGUGACAUGUCAGCUAUCAUCUAUGAGAUCCCCAAGGAGCCAGAGAAGAGACGGCGGAGUAAGCGGUCACGGGUGAUGGAUGCUGAUGGCCUGCUGGAGAUGUUCCACUGUCCCUACGAGGGCUGCAGCCAAGUGUAUGUGGCUCUCAGCAGCUUCCAGAACCACGUCAACCUGGUGCACCGAAAAGGAAAGACCAAAGUGUGCCCUCACCCUGGCUGUGGCAAGAAGUUCUAUUUGUCCAACCACCUGCGGCGCCACAUGAUCAUCCACUCAGGCGUCCGAGAGUUCACUUGUGAGACCUGCGGCAAGUCUUUCAAGAGGAAGAACCAUCUGGAGGUACACCGGCGCACCCACACUGGAGAGACGCCCCUGCAGUGCGAAAUUUGCGGGUACCAGUGCCGGCAGCGGGCAUCGCUCAACUGGCACAUGAAGAAGCACACAGCAGAGGUGCAGUACAACUUCACGUGUGAGCGCUGCGGCAAGCGCUUCGAGAAGCUGGACAGCGUCAAGUUCCACACACUCAAAAGCCACCCGGACCACAAGCCCACCUGACCUGCCCGCGCCCACGGACCUCAGCCUCUAUUUAUUUGUACUCUUGGACAUCAUGCCCAGGCCUGUCAGAGCCCAAGACAGCCACUGGGGCUGCCCCAACCGCAGGCCGGAAGGAGGCGUUCCCCGCUCGCCCUGGGCAGGUGCCCCACCCUGCCCCCUCACAUCCCACCCGGAGCUGGCACCUGGGACUGCACUGCUGAACUGUGUCAAGAGCACAGAGUGAGAUUAAAGUGAAGAAGGAGA